AUGCGUGAGAAGUUUCUCAUAAGUGACCGUGACCCUCAGUGCAACCUCCACUGCUCCAGGACUCAACCCAAACCCAUUUGUGCCUCCGACGGCAGGUCCUAUGAGUCCAUGUGUGAGUACCAGCGAGCCAAGUGCAGAGACCCAGCCCUGGGCGUGGUACAUCGAGGCAGAUGCAAAGACGCUGGCCAGAGCAAGUGUCGCCUGGAGCGGGCUCAGGCCCUCGAGCAAGCCAAGAAGCCCCAGGAGGCGGUGUUUGUCCCGGAGUGCGGCGAGGAUGGCUCCUUUACCCAGGUGCAGUGCCACACUUACACAGGGUACUGCUGGUGUGUCACCCCAGAUGGGAAGCCAAUCAGUGGCUCUUCUGUGCAGAAUAAAACUCCUGUAUGUUCAGGUUCAGUCACCGACAAGCCCUUGAGCCAGGGUAACUCAGGAAGGAAAGGUGAGUAGAGUUUUACGCUUUAUCUAAAUGUUUGCUUCUAAAGCCAGUCCAAGCAAGAAUUCUUAGACAAGAUGGAAGGAGCUGGGGUGAAAGCUAAAAGUGCCCUGCAGAAACUCUCCAUUCUAGUUCUGUCUUUCCUCCCAGAAGCUCUAAGGUAAGUAAGGCUCAUCCGGGGCGGGGCCCAAGCUCCCAGAAUUUCGGAGGGAGGUGAGAAAG